AUCUACAUAAUCAAACCAUCAUCUCUCUCUCUCUCUCUCCUUGUGAGUUUCUUGCUAUAUAUAUAAGUAUCUCCUUUGUAGACUUCCUACGAAACAAACAAAGUAUCACAUGGAGAGGCCAAUCAUGAACAAGAGGAAAAGAGUCUUUUCUCUUCAGCCAAACAAGAAUCCUAAGGCGGUCUUCGCUAGAAGAUACGCGAGUCACUUGGUUCCAGCUCUCAAGAAGAUCAACAUGAACAAAUCCUCAUCACAAACCAACCACCAAAGUUUCGAACAAACCGUGAAACAUGAACUAGACAUGGCUUUUGUCUUAUCUGCUCAAGAAUUUGCGUGGAGCCGUUUCUUGCAACAGAAGCUAUUACUUUCCCCUCAUGAUGAUCCAGUAAGCAAUACUUCUUCUUCCGAGAUUAUAGAAAGAUCGAGCAAGAAGCAAGGAGGAGAAAAACACCAAGACCGCGACAACGGAGAAGGAGAAGAGAUCAAGAAGAGGUUGAAAGAAUUGCAGAAGCUUUUGCCAGGUGGAGAAGAGAUGAACAUGGAGGAGAUUUUGAGUGAGAUAGGAAGCUACAUUGUAUGUCUUGAGUUGCAGAUGAUGGUUCUAAAAUCUAUUGUGCAAGACAAUUAAUACUUCUUGGAUAUAAUUUAAUUCAUUGUUUCAUGUGUUAUCUUUACAUCAGAAGAAACAAAAAAAAAAGUUAGCUACGUAAUUUCUAA